AUGAGUAGUUCAACUACUACAUUCCUCCUCCUUACGCUUGUUUUCCUGCUAUCGGUGUACCUCAAGCGUCGAACAGUCAGGCGUCCGCCGCUUCCACCCGGCCCUCCAGCAGAACCAUUGAUUGGUCAUCUACGUAUCAUGCCCUCUGACCAAGAAGAACUUGUGUUCCAUGAAUGGGCGAAAACCUACGGCGACGUGAUGCACCUUAGGGUGUUGGGACGCGACUUAAUUAUACUGGACAGCGUCCAGGCGGCCACCGAACUUCUUGAAAAGCGAAGUGCACUUUAUAGUGACAGACCAAAUUUCACUGUCUAUACAUCCCUUAUGGGUUGGGACCUUCAUAUGGGGUUUUUCCCCUAUGGUCGUCGCUUCCGUAAACACCGCAAACUCCUACAAUCGUAUCUCACCCAGCAAUCCAUCGUCAAGUUUCAACCCAUUCAGCUGAUCAAUGCUCGGUAUCUCGCCAAAGGUCUUAUGGAGAAUAAAAGAGACUUUGGACACUAUAUCAGCAGAUACGCCACUUCCGUGGUAAUGCGCAUUGCGUAUGGCCAUCAGAUUAUGUCCGAGGAGGACGAGUUCAUGACAAUAGUGAACGACGUGGCAUAUGCCCUCAACAACUGUGGUCCCCCUGGAGCAACGAUAGUCGAUUAUUUUCCUAUUUUACAAUACUUUCCUUCGUGGUUUCCCGGGACCUCCUAUGCAACAUUCGCUCGGGAAUGGAAGUGGGCAAUUGACAAGUUGUUCAAUGUGCCGUACGAGAAAGCCGAAAGUACUGCAGAGCCAUCGUUCCUCCACUCCCAAAUGGAGGCGGUCUCGGGCAAAGACCUUACAGACGAAGAUAUCCAAGACCUCAAAGGGUCUGCCGGUGUCCUCUUCGCUGGGGGUGCUGACACAACUUCUUCCAGCCUUGAAACAUUUGUCCUGGCACUGCUGCAUCAUCCUGUGGUACAGAAAAAGGGACAGGAGGAACUCGAUCGAGUCAUUGGGCAUGAUCGACUCCCAACUUUCGAGGACUAUGAUGCGCUGCCCUACAUUGAUUGUGUUACCCAGGAAAUACUAAGGUGGCACCCUGCCACACCUCUUGGUGUACCCCAUCGUGCCAUGGAAGAUGAUAUUUAUAGAGGGAUGUUUAUUCCGAAGGGCGCCAUCAUCUUUUCGAACGUCAAGGGUAUAAAUCUAGACAAGAACGUCUACACCGAGCCAACCAAAUUCAAUCCCAGCCGUUUCUUGCCCAAGUCACAGGGAGGAAACGAAGAGCCUCGCCCCAUAGCCACAUUCGGGUUCGGUCGAAGAAUAUGCCCAGGUAGGCACCUAGCGGCGGCGAGUAUAUGGAUCGCUGUCGCCACCAUGUUUGCUACUGUAAACGUCAACAAGGCCAAGGAUGAAGAUGGGAAUGAGAUUACACCAGAAAUCAUGUUCGAAACCGGACUGACCAGUCGUCCCAAGGCAUUUUCAUGCAACAUUACGCCUCGGUCAGAGAAGGCAAUUCGUAUUGUAGCCAGAGAGUGUGAAAGUCUGUAUGAGUAG